UAGGGAAACAGUAACACUAGCGCCAUUAUAACCCCAACUCCACUCACUCACUCAUCCAGCAGCAUACCAUUACCAUGGAAGAUCAAUCCAAUUUUCUUCUUGAUUGGUCCUUUUUCUCCCGUGGAAAGAGUGUAGAAGAAUUAACACAGUCACUACUAAUCACAACAAUGGAGCUUGAAGCAGCAAGAUUCAAAGCCCUAGAAGAACUCAAGCUAAAAGACACCGAGUUAACUCAACUCAAACACCUUUUACAAACCGCCAUUAACGAAAAACUCGAAGCUCAAAACCGCUACCAAACACUCCUCCACCACCGUCAAACCACCGCACCACCGCCGCCGCACUCCGUCCACUCCGCCUCAACCGACGACCACGUCUCCGAUUGCGACGAAAGCAUCGUCUCAUCCUCAAUCACCGAACCGCCGGUUCAUUUCACGCCGCCGGAGAUCUCGCCGGAAAAUCAGGAACUUAGGGUUCCGGCGAAGAAACUGCCGGAAAACGGGAAGUUUUUGGAAGCGGUGGUGAAAGCUGGGCCGUUGUUGCAGAAUUUGCUUUUGGCUGGACCGCUGCCGCACUGGCGCCACCCGCCGCCGGCGCUGGAGACGUACCAGAUUCCGACGCCGCCGGUGGUGGUGCCGGCCGUUAACCGGUUGUUGUGGAAGGUUGAGAAGAAAAGAGGGUUUCCAGAAGGGUCUGAUUGUUCUGUAGAGAAUAAAUGUCAAAGAUUAAGGGAGAGUUAAGUUUUGAUUAUUUUUAGAUGAAUGAUUAAAUUAGGUAAUUUGUAUAGCAUAAUUUUUAGAUGAUAUUUAAAUUUUGGUUGCAAAUU